UCGGUCCUAUUUUGAUUCUAAAAUUUUGAAUGACUUUCUAGUUUUUUUUUUUUUUUUCAAUUUAAUAUUGAGCUCACAAAUUUCUCAUUACCAUUGUUGGGAAGGCAAGCCCUUAUGGAAUGUGUUUAGCCCAGCCGAGAUCAUAAGUGAAUCAGAGUUAGUUAAAAGGUUGUAGUUACAAUUACAAAACCGACAUACACAACGACAACAUGUGAAUUUUGAGAUAACGAAAACCUCUACGUAUCGGUAUCGCAAUUCAUACCCUGCUCUUCUUCUCAAAAGAUAGCUGAAACGGGUAAAGAAAAAUGUCGUCUUUGGGUACAUCAAAAGGGGUUUUAGAGAUUGCCAAAUUUGCAUUGUACGUCACCGUUCCGAUCGGGAUGAUGUACUUCUUCGCCAGCAAUACCAAGAAUCUCCAGAAAGUUAUGGGAAAUCGCAAUUAUGUGGUCUAUCCGCCUGAAGCACCACGGCCGCCAUCCCCUGAGGAAAUGAGGGAGAUGGCUAGGGAAAUAGCUCGCAAUAGAAACAAGCAGUGAUGGAUCCCCGAUGAAUGUACUUUAAGACAUUUACUAUUGUAGUCAUAACGAGUUCAGAUACUGCUAGUUAUGACCAGAUCCAUUUGUGGUUCAAGUAAUCAGGUGCAAACCAUCUGUAAAUUUGUUGUGGAAUCAACUGAAUAAGCAGGUCAGAAGUCUCAGCAUUCUACAUUACUUUACUUUCCUCUUUGUUCAUGAAGAUAUGCUAUGAAUAGAGUAGCAGCUUCUGUGGCUACAUGACUUGUAUUUCCUCAGUCUACUUGAUAUAUUUCAACUAGUAGUAAUAGAAGGUGUCUUUGAACACUUAAGCUUGUGUGUAGUGGUACUUUGCCUGUGCGCUGGAGUGUAAUCUCGAUAGCUGAAACUGCUUCUUCCUUUAUGGAAAAGAAUAGACUUAUGUGAUGGAA